CUCUCACUUGAAAAAUCUCCCGGAGACCUCUCUCCUUCUCUCGCAGCCGACGAUCCCAUCCAAAAACCAAAACUCGCUCUCCGGUGAUCGUCUUUCGGUCAGAUUCUUAUAAGCGUGCUUGAUUUUCAAAUCAAGUUUGUUUCUUUAUCUCCAGAGUUUAUCAUCUCUUAUGUGACUGUGUUGUAUAGCUUCUUCUCUAUAACUCCUUUGUGCUCCUUCUCUGGGAAAUUUCUCUAUUUAGAGUGCUUUAGGAUUCGAUUUCGUGUGGAUCUGCUUUCAAUUCGUUUAUUCGUUGCGUUCCACUGAAUUGAGUUUGUAUAGAGUAUUAAUUCUACUUGAAUGCUUAAUGUUUGAAUUGAUCUCUGUUGCUUGCAGAAAAUGAAUUUCUUAAACUCAGCUGCAUCCAUUUGCAGAAGAGUUAGUCUGAGGGAACUCAUCACUGAGGUUCCUGCUUAUACUGGCAGCAGCAUUUCCGAUGGUUCUUCAAGUGGGUUGAGUUUGGUCUUGAAGCGUUGGGCUACUAAGAAAACCGCUGGUUCUACAAAGAACGGUCGUGACUCUAAUCCCAAGUUUCUUGGUGUUAAGAAAUUCGGAGGAGAGAGUGUGAUACCUGGAAACAUCAUAGUUCGUCAACGUGGAACUCGGUUUCAUCCUGGAGACUAUGUCGGGAUUGGUAAGGACCAUACUCUGUUUGCAUUGAAGGAAGGACGAGUCAGGUUCGAGAAAAGCAAGAUUACAGGACGCAAAUGGAUUCAUGUUGAUCCAAUAGGUGGUCAUGUUCUUCACCCUAUCUACACAAAAGCCGCAGCUGCAAAAUCGACUAAGUUGAACACAGCUUCAUAGCAAACUCGACAAUCUAAACGUGUCUUCGUUUCUUCUUUUAGAUUAUAUGAUCUCUCGAGUAAAAGAUGAUGGUAUCUUAGAAUAUCAACACUCAUUUCAAUUACAGCUGCUGUUUUGUUUCCCUCUAGUCUCUGUUUGGAUUCAACAAAUCAAAUUUUUUAUUCGGAAGUAGAUGUUAAUCAAAUCUGAAAUUCUC